GUCUGGGCUUCUUCCUCCUCACGGCCACGUCCGCCCCCAGUUGCCCUAGUGACUGUGUGGCCCUCCCUCUGCUGCCUGCCACCCGCAGCCGUAUAAAUAGAGGCGCAGAGCAGCUGAGUUCUCUUGGCAGUCACCAUGAGGGCUCUGGUUCUGUUCUGCUGCUUUGUGGCCUCGCUUCUGCUCUCAGGACAAGCAGAACUGCAAGUCUCUGCUUCGGGUGGCACAGAAGAUGUUGGCAAUUUGCUGGAGAAUCAUUUCUCUGCUGGAGACGCCAGUCUAGAGGAGAAGGAAAGGGUGCUUUAUGCAGAUGCGGCCCCUCGAGACAAGAAUCUGCUCCUCCACUACCCAGAUGGCAGGGAGGCUGAGAGCUCGGAGAAGACCGCCGACGGGGUCCCUCCAGCUGCCGCCAGCCCCGGCUCCGAGUCGGAAGCCAGCCUCUCCAAUGCCUCGGCCGCGGAGUCCACUCCAGCCGGGGAUGCUGCGGGGCCUGGGCAGGAAGAGCAGGGCCCACCAGCAGCAAGCACCCUUCCUCCAGGAGGGGGCGAGGAGCCUGUGGAAGAGGAGAGGCCAGAGCUCAGUUUGGGAGAGGGGCCCGGAGAGGAGGAGGCCAGGCAUGGGCUCCCCAGAGAGGGGGCUGCCAGUGGUGAGGCAGGAGGACCAGCUGAGAGUGGCCAGGUCCCUGAAGAGGACAAGGAGGUCCCAGGGGACAGCCCUGUUAAGGGAGCAGCAGCUGAGACAACAGAGCCCGAGGCCUUGGAGGCUGCUCCCAGCUUAGAAGGCCAGGAGGCUGGCGCCCUGGAGGAGGAAGGCGAAGGCAGCCCAGGGCCCGAUCAAGAGCCAGCAGUGCUGGAUGGAGCCCCCACCGCCACAUCUGAGGGGGAAGAGUUGGAGGCUGAUGUCCAACCAGGAGCCAGGGAGGGGGCGGAGGACCAGGGGGAGGCCAGCCUCAGUGGGGAGGCCAGCCCAGCUGAAGAGGCCAGUGCAGAGGCUGGGAGUGCCCAGAGUGCUGAGGCAGAGGGGACUAAGGAGGAUCAGCCCCCAGGGACCCAGGCACCAGGGAUGCCUGAGGAGAAGGAAGGGGAGGAGGAGGAGGAAGCGACUGAGGCUGAGGCCUCCUCUGAAGAGGAAGAAGGAGGAGUCCCCUCUAAAGAAGAGUCUGAAGAAGACAGCGGUGAUGGGGCUAGUUCAGAAGAAGGAGAGGGCUCCCCCGAGGAGGAGGCUGGGGAGCCCCAGGAAGCAGCAGAGGCUGCAGGCUAUGGGGAAAAAAGGGUCCCGCUUGGCUCUCAGCACUUGAAACCAGAGGGUGGCGAGGCCCCGGGUGAUGAGGUGGAGGAGCCCCAGGAGGGACGCCAGGGGACUGGGAGUCCCACAGAUGCUCCCCAGGAAGAGGCGGAGGAUGUGAGUGAGGAAGCCCCAAUGAGGGACCGCUCCCACAUUGAGAAGACCCUGAUGCUGGAUGAGGACAAGCCUGCGGACGAUUACUCCGCGGUGCUGCAGCGGCUGCGGAAGAUCUACCACGCGUCCAUCAAGCCCCUGGAGCAGUCUUACAAGUACAAUGAGCUCCGGCAGCAUGAGAUCACAGAUGGAGAGAUUACUUCCAAGCCAAUGGUGCUGUUUCUGGGACCGUGGAGCGUUGGUAAAUCCACCAUGAUAAACUACCUCCUUGGGUUGGAAAACACUCGCUACCAGCUCUAUACAGGUGCGGAGCCCACCACCUCCGAGUUCACGGUCCUCAUGCACGGGCCCAAGCUGAAGACCAUAGAGGGCAUCGUCAUGGCUGCUGACAGUGCCCGGUCCUUCUCGCCCCUGGAGAAAUUUGGCCAGAAUUUCCUGGAGAAGCUGAUUGGCAUCGAGGUUCCCCACAAACUUCUGGAACGGGUUACUUUCGUGGAUACACCAGGCAUCAUUGAAAAUCGCAAGCAGCAAGAAAGAGGCUACCCCUUCAAUGACGUAUGCCAGUGGUUCAUUGACAGAGCCGACCUCAUCUUUGUUGUCUUUGACCCAACCAAACUGGAUGUGGGUCUGGAGUUGGAGAUGCUCUUCCGCCAACUGAAGGGACGAGAAUCCCAAAUAAGGAUCAUCCUGAACAAGGCUGACAACCUGGCCACACAGAUGCUCAUGCGGGUUUAUGGGGCACUUUUCUGGAGCCUGGCACCUCUCAUCAAUGUCACAGAGCCUCCAAGGGUUUAUGUCAGCUCUUUCUGGCCACAAGACUAUAAGCCUGAUACACACCGAGAACUGUUCCUCAAAGAAGAGAUCUCCCUCCUAGAAGACCUGAAUCAGGUGAUCGAGAACAGGCUGGAGAACAAGAUCGCCUUCAUCCGCCAGCAUGCCAUCCGUGUCCGCAUACACGCCCUGCUGGUUGACCGCUAUCUGCAGACUUACAAGGACAAAAUGACCUUCUUCAGCGAUGGAGAAUUGGUCUUUAAGGACAUUGUGGAAGAUCCUGAUAAAUUUUACAUCUUUAAAACCAUCCUGGCAAAGACCAAUGUCAGCAAGUUUGACCUUCCCAAUCGCGAGGCCUAUAAGGACUUCUUUGGCAUCAAUCCCAUUUCCAGUUUCAAACUUCUCUCUCAGCAGUGCUCCUACAUGGGAGGCUGCUUUCUGGAGAAGAUUGAGCGGGCCAUUACCCAGGAGCUCCCCAGCCUCCUGGGUAGCCUUGGGCUUGGGAAGAAUCCAGGUGCUCCCAACUGUGACAAAACAGGGUGUGGCGAAACCCCGAAGAAUCGCUACAGGAAGCACUAGAUUGUCACGUAGCCCUUCUUGGGUUCCUGUUGGUGAAUGAGCUUGUGUCCUAACUGUCUGAGAAGUCCUGGUUUAUUAACCCUUUGAACCGCACUGGCAAGAGUUGUUACUCGUUGGAGACCGGGGAGUCCAUCGAAGCCCAUGGUGGGGGAAGGUGCGUGGCCUAGGGAGAAGAGUGGAAACUGUGAAUUAUAGUGUGCUUGUCUUGUUGCUUUGGUGAGGAGACCUGACUGAGCAAGUCAGGCUCCACCUGCUUUUCCUGAGUCCUGUCUUGAAGGGACAGAAAGCAGCUAAAUUCUAGCUAUUCUAAAUCACUGAGGGUCAAAUAAGCUCGAAGCAGCUGAAAUCCCUUUCCUCUGUAGCUGGGAAGAUAGCGAAGACCUGGGAGAGAGCUCCUCAGGUCCAUUUGGCUUCUUUCCACACACACAGUCCUCUGUUUGUUCCCCAGCCCUCGGCCGCCUCCUGAGCUGGGGUUGGCUUUCAACAGUGGACAGUCUCUUGGGUCUGAAUCUACCUGGGUUUUGAGCCCCUCCCCAGGACCUCUUUCCUGUUUCCUCAAGGGGUGGGGCAGUGGCUCAGGACACCAGACAAUGAAGAGAGACCAAGAGUUCCCAGGUUAGGAUGAGAGUCUGCCUUCCCCGUGCCAUUUCUCUGAUGUUGUCUUCUAAGCCAGCUGGGAGCUCAGUCCCUUUAUCAGUCCCAAGAGAAGGGUGAGUGGUCAAGUAUUCAGGUAAUUUACCUCUCGGAGGUGACUGAAGUGAAGGUACUGGAAGGGCUCAGAGGGUUAAUUGGUUUGCAGUGUGUCUUUGUCUAUUGCAUGUCUUGGAAAACUCAGAUCCCAAAGGCAUUGGGUUUCAGAGAGGACAAUGGAGACCUUGCUCUUUUCGUGAGGGUCUUCUCUGUUCAGCCAGCCUCUCCCAAAUUGAAGAAGAGGCCAUUCCCAUGACUGAUCUGUGGGAACACUCAGCAGAGAAAUUGUUCCUUCCUGGUUUCCAUCUCCCUGGCUUUUCCUUUUCUUCUUCUCCAUUCCCUGACACACCAACACUUAAAACUCAAAUAACGUGUCGGUGGCAACUAAAGCUUAGCAUUCAGCUUCCCACCUGAGCUAAGUGCAGAUGUCCACUGACCACACCAUGGAGAAGCCAGGCCUCCAAAUACCAGUGAGUGUGACUAUGUGUGUAUGUUGUCCAAGAGAGAGAUUAGGGAGAUGGCAGAGAUGUGAGGGCAUGGAGAAAGCUCGUUGGCAGAGUCCCACAUGGCCAGACUCACUGUCACCUCGGAGGAGGUGGGGAGGAGAGGCAGGGCUGGGGGCGGGAGAAGCAGCCUUUGGAUGACAUGUGCGUGGUGAAUAGCCUGUGCCCACCCAGGAGACUGGCCCUGGGCUGCCUCAAGAUCUUUCAGCACAGCCAGCAGUUUAUCUUGGGAGCAAGCUGUCCUGGGGGCCUUAGCUAUGAGGCACGAGGCAGGAUUCAGCAGCGUUUGGAAGUCAUCCUGGACCAGAAGGAAAGUGAAAAGUAGAGCAAGAGGUGCUCCAAGGAUUAGGUCAUGUAAGCAAAAUAGCAAUCAGAUUAGGUCCACGUGAGGACUGUGAUUUAGGGAUUCUCCCUGGUGUUCAGGAUUAGUAGCAGUCUGGUGCAUGCUGCAACACAGACUGCUGCUUGAAAGAAAACCUGAGGCUCCAAAAUCUUCCAUUUCUAAAGAAAUAGUUAGCCAGGAAAGAAAAAUGAGUUCUGUAAUGAGCAUGCAAGGAGCCUGGUGAGCAGGAGCUAAAGAGCUGGGGUCUCUCCUGGACUCUUCUCCUUAAAACCAAACGAAACGGAGAACGCUGGCCUUCCCUCUGUAUCAUUUGUUCUCUUGGGAGUCUGUCCCCCACCUUUCUCCUUGAUGGUCCUUAAUGUCCAUGAGCAGCUUUUGGUGGAGCUGUUCUCUCAGUACAUUCAGAGCUAAAUAAUGUACAACUGGGCAUUGUCAGAGUGACUGUCAUCAUCACUUUGGGGGAAGUGGUGGAAUGAGGCUAGUAAGUUCAUAUAUUUAUAUUUUCACGAAGACUAAUUAUCAGUGUGCCCUCCCCUGUGGACAUUUCCCCCAUCUAUUUUUCUUUCUUUGUAUCUUCUCUCAAUGCUGUUCCUCUUCUUACCCUUUAACUUACCUUUUCUCUGCCACCCACGGGCCUGUCAGUCAAUCAGUGAGCAAGAUUUUUAAGUGCCUGGUUUUGCCCAGUUCUGUGGAGGUGGAUUCUAAGUAGAAUUCUGCCUUUGGGGAAAAAGGGGUUGGGAAUUGGGGGAACUGAGGAGCCAGAGAUUUCCCGAAGAGAAGUAUCUGUGUUUGUGCCUUAACAGUUGCUGAACCUUUCCAGUGUUCUGUCAAUUCUGAUUUCAUCAGGGAGAAAGUCUCAAUAAAGUUCCAAUCUCUCUUUAACACCUGUGCUAUCUGACUGUCUCCAAUCAGGCUAAUCUUUUUCCUUUCAUCUAGUUUUUAAGAUUCUGGGAACAGAAGGGAAGUGUGUAAAUUGCCCACCCUUGUUUUGGACGCUUCCUAGAGCCUUCUGCCAGCAGGCUCCCUCAGGUGCUGAAGGUGCCCCCUCUCUUAGCCGCCCAGGAGUACAAAGCCUACUGUUGUAAACUCUGAGACUCAAAGACGUAGUCUCUCCUUCGCACCUCAGCCCGUUAUCUCCCUGACACUCACGGUAGUAGCCCUUUAAAUAGUGGUCGCUUGAAAUUUCUAUCCCCAAAUCUCUCUUAGAGGCUGCUCAGAUAGUCAUGCCACUCGGCUGGUGAGGGAGGCCAGGAUGGUUCUCCUGAAGGUGAAGGAUGGCGCCUCCACUUGGCUUCUCCAGGAAGUGACCAGCUCUGCCCCUGACGUGGACUUGGGCCUCCUGCUAUGCCUGCUUCUAACAAACCUGCACACAUCCUCGACUCCCCGGGCCUUUCCUACCACAUUGUGCUGUCUCCACUGUCCCCUUUCUUCUUCAAUUUUGUGAU